GUGGUUCCGCCCGCGGGGGGCGGGGGCAGGCGCGGCGGGAAAAUCGGCGCUGCGCGCGGCCCCACUUCUGUGCCUCGGGUUCCCGCUCGCUCCGCGUCCCGCCCGGACCCCGCGUCCCUGUCCCCGCUCCCGCCAUGGCACAGCCCCGCCUCACCGACUUCUUCGCGCGCCGCCGCCCCGGGCUCCGCGCCGUGCCUCCGCGGGUCAAGCAGGCCUGGCGCACCCCGAGCCCCGCCAAGCCCGCGCCCGGCGCCCCGGCCCGCACCCCGGGCAGCAGCCGCAAGCGCGCCCGCCCGCCCGCAGAGCCCGCGCGCGACCACCCCGCGCCGCCCGCGCGCCGGAGACUGCGGCUGCCUGCGGACGCGGUCUCGGGUCCCACUGCCCCAGCUGCCCCGGCUGACCCCACUGCCCCGGCUGUCCUGGCUGUUCCUGGCUCCCCAGAGCAGGCCUCUCUCUCAGCAGGUCUGCAGCCGUGCCUGGCCACCCCGGAGAAAAAAACCUCCUCAAAAGUCACAUUCUCUGAGCUGAAGUCAUGCCUACAGCGAGCCCGGGAGCUAGGGGCCCGGGCCCAGGAGCUGAGGGCAAGUGCCCAGAGGAAGGAUGCUGGGGAGCCCAGCGUGCUGGAGGACCAGGGGCACCCAGCUGGGCCAUGUGGAGAGAAGGCACCUGCCUACCAGCGCUUCCACGCCCUGGCCCAGCCGGGGCCCCCAGGCCUCGUGCUGCCCUACAAGUACCAAGUGCUGGCGGAGAUGUUCCGCACCAUGGACGCCAUCGUGGGCUUGUUGUACAACCGCUCGGAGACCGUGACGUUUGCCAAAGUCAAGCAAGGCGUUCAGGACAUGAUGCGCAAGCGCUUUGAAGAGCGCAACGUGGGCCAGAUCAGAACCGUGUACCCAAACUCCUACCGCUUCCGCCAGGAGCGCAACAUCCCCACCUUCAAGGACGGCGUCAAGAGGUCCGAUUACCAGCUUACCAUUGAGCCGCUGCUGGACCACGAGGCCGGCAGCACGGCGCCCCAGCUCACGGCCUCACACCUCCUGCAGCGCCGGCGGCUCUUCAGCCAGAACCUGGAGAAGCGUGUCCGUGAGCACCACAGGGCCUUCCUGGCCUCCCUGAACCCUCCCGUGGUGGUGCCUGAGGACCAGCUCACACGUUGGCACCCCCGGUUCAAUGUGGACAGCGUGCCUGACAUCGAGCCGGCUGAGUUGCCCCAGCCGCCCACCGUGGAGAAGCCGGCCACCGCCCAGGAGGUGUUGGCCCGUGCCCGCGGCCUCCUGUCACCCAGGAUGGAAAAGGCCCUGAGUGACCUGGCCCAGCGUACCGCCAAGCCCAGCAGCCCUGGGUCCCCCGGCUCCGCCCCACCGGCCACCCCACCAGCCACCCCGCCUGCGGCCCUGAAGGGGGUGUCCCAGGACCUGCUAGAGAGGAUUCGGUGCAAGGAGGCACAGAAGCAGCUGGCACAGAUGACCCGGCGGCCGGAGCAGGAGCAGCGGCUGCAGCGGCUCGAGCGGCUGCCCGAGCUGGCCCGUGUACUGCGCAGCAUCUUCGUGUCGGAGCGUAAGCCGGCACUGCCCAUGGACGUGGCCUGCAGCCGGCUGCUGGGCAGCUACUCCGUGGCCCUGAGCCCUGGGGAGAUGGAGAAGCAUGUGCAACUCCUCUCUGAGCUGCUGCCCGACUGGCUCAGUCUGCACCGUGUCCGUGCGGACACCUACAUCAAGCUGGACAAGGCUGCUGACCUGGCAGGUGUCCUCACACGGCUGGCCUGUCUUGCCCGGGCGGAGGUGGCGCUGUGAACCUCGCGGCCACGGACUUCCGGUCCCUGCCCUCGCCCGCUGUGUCUUUUACUCUCUUUAGGAACAAGAUGCACUUUCCCCCCCCUGCACCCCCCACCAGGCUCCCUGGCCAGCGUGGGCGGUAGGCCUCCCCUGAGGCAGCAUUUUGUCAUUAAACUGGUUUCUGUUGGGGACUUGGUCUUUGCGGUGUUUAGGGUGUAGGGAAGUGAGGCAGGAGGGCAGGCGGUGGGCAGAAUGCCCUCGGGACGUGCACGUGGGAAUCCUGGAUGGCCCAGUGGGCCUGGUGUCCCCCUGGGCCCUUGUAGGAGGGCAGCAGACUGCAAACCUGGACGGCAGCAAGCUGCUGGCUCAGGAUGGAGGGUCGGCCCUGAGGCUCUUAGAAGCUGGGAAAGCCAUGGACACGGUCUCCCUAGAGCCCCCAGAAGGAACUGGCCCCAGCCACACAGAUGGGCACUUCCACCAUCUAGAACGUGAAGACAAAGUUGUGAGCUGCCCAGAGCAUGACCUAUCGGAGCCACGACUGGACAGCGGUUCGGGCAGCCCUGGUCUUCUGCCUGCUCUGGGCCACAGGAGGCCUGGGCAGCCGGCCAGGUGGGAUUCCCGCAUGUCGCCCCACGGCCCCGCCCCAGCACCUGGACCCAGAGCAAGCACUCUAACAAAGCAGUUUAUUCACGUCUGUUAAGCAGUUUAUUCUGUCUGUUAAGUGCACCUGUAGGGGGCUGGGCCCCGGCCUGAACUGCUAGCUCCAGGCCUUGGCACCUCCAGAUCCAGAGCCCGCAGGAAGGACCGAGACCACAGCCUAGGCACUUUGAAAAGGCAACUGCAUGCACAAAACCGU